AUGACACCAGCGGCGCGCCGUCGCUCCAGCGCGCCUCCAGCGGUGGUGUGUGUGCGAGGGCAAGUGGGGAGGGGGACUCAGCUCAGGACAGGGAGGCCCUGCUCGCAGGUCCCGGGGUCCCGGUGGCAGCCGGAGCGCUUGGUCCGCAGGCAGCGGGCGGGUGGCCCCCUCCGCCCCCACCCCGCGCGUGCGCGCCCCGGCCCCUCCCUCCCUGCCACCCCCCUCGGCUCCCGCGCGGCGGCGGCGGCGGUUCCUCUCCCCCUCCCCCCAGCCCUGGCUCCGGGGGACCCCGCGAUGCCGGUCCGCACCGAGUGUCCCCCGCCGGCCGGUGCCUCGGCCGCCUCCGCGGCCUCGCUCAUCCCGCCGCCGCCCAUCAACACCCAGCAGCCCGGCGUGGCCACCAGCCUGCUCUACAGCGGCUCCAAGUUCCGCGGCCACCAGAAGAGCAAGGGGAACUCGUACGACGUAGAGGUGGUGCUGCAGCAUGUGGACACGGGGAAUUCUUACCUUUGUGGGUACCUGAAGAUAAAAGGUCUUACUGAGGAGUAUCCAACCCUUACAACCUUCUUUGAAGGAGAAAUAAUCAGCAAAAAACACCCUUUCUUAACACGGAAGUGGGAUGCAGAUGAAGACGUUGAUCGGAAACACUGGGGCAAGUUUCUGGCUUUUUAUCAGUAUGCAAAAUCAUUUAAUUCAGAUGACUUUGAUUAUGAAGAGCUGAAGAAUGGGGAUUAUGUCUUCAUGAGGUGGAAGGAACAGUUCCUGGUCCCAGACCACACGAUCAAAGACAUCAGUGGUGCUUCCUUUGCUGGGUUCUAUUACAUCUGCUUCCAGAAGUCGGCAGCCUCCAUAGAGGGCUACUAUUACCAUAGGAGUUCAGAAUGGUAUCAGUCACUCAAUCUAACUCACGUUCCUGAACACAGCGCACCCAUCUAUGAAUUCCGGUGACAGCGGUUCAGAGCAGGAACCAAAUAAAACUGAACUUGGCAAAAAAGAACUUUGCCAAGAAAAUUGUGUACCUGCCAGAACCAGGAGAACAUGUGUUCCUGUGUCUUCACGAGCAGACUCACAUCAGAAAGCAUGAAUGUUAACCCACAGAAUCCAAGGAGCAUGACCAACCAGCAGGGCAGGUGGAGGGAGUGUUCUCUGUUCUUCCUUCCUCUCUGCAGCAGUUUGGUCUUAAUCUGUUUUUAAGCUACCUUAAAUGCACUUUUCCUUCCUGCACAGCUAACUUCUGUAUCACCGAAAGGCCCAUUCCUUUCUCCAUCCCCACCUCCAACUGAGUAGGUCAGCCCUCCGAGUCACCCUCAGCCUUGGUGCUCAGUGGUCUCUACCCAGGCCCCGGCCCUCUGCACCGCCCUCCCCCACCAAACCCCCACUUGCUUAGUCUGGUAGGUCAAGAAAAAGCAGAGCCCCAGCACAUGUGUGCCCCCGCACCGAGCUCUGUGCAGGGAAUCCAGGAGCUGCAGCAGCAUCCGCCAAUGAAAUGGGAGGCAGAGGCUGCUUAACGGGGUCACCUGGCGCUGCCCAGCCCUGCAGUGUUCAUGUCAAGCUAGUCAGUGGCUGGCAGGUUCCAUGGGCCUGCCAUCAUCGGGGAUCACUAAAUUGAAGGCUUCCAGAUCCCUGGCAGGAACAGGUUCCAAUCCUGCUUUACUCAGCACGUUUGCUCCAAACUUUUGAACUUGAGGGCAAUACUAAACUUAAAAAAAAAAAAAAAGAAAAAAAGAGUUUUUUUAUUACAAAAUUAUUUUUAUGGUCCCUUUAACAAGGACCCUAUGGCAAAUGCACAAUUAUUCAGAAUUACAUUUUAUCGUUUUCACAUUGAAAACAGCAAAUGUUGACUUAGUAAUUUUUAUACCUAUAUCUAUAUGUAAAUGUAUAUUUAAUCAACCAGCAGUUUAAAACUAGUCAUCCUGGUACAAAAGUUUUGCAGCAUUGCAUAAAUUCUAGUGCUAAACUUGAGAGCUGUUUUUGGGGCCAGUUUAGCAUUUGUACCUCCUCCUUUUGCUACUCAAAACAGCAGUGCUUCAAGGCGACCUUUUCCAUCAAGCAGAAGGGGCCGUCAUUCUCCUGAAACAGCGACUCUGAAAUGUUGGGGCGGGGGAGGGGUGGGAACACGAACACGCUCGAAUAACUCAAGGUGCACGUGCCAAAGUGUGUGUGUGGAAGUGUGUGUGGGGGGUGUGGCUUUUUUUGGGGGGGGUGUUGGGUUUUUUUUUUUUAAUGUUUUAAAAAGCUUACUAGAUUGGCAUCAGUUGUAGUCCACAGAUACAAGCAGGGCUUUGGGGUUGGGGGGAGAUCAUCGCAUUUGCUGGUGGUUUACAAGACUUGCUCAGCAUACAGGAGGGAGAGCUGUAAUGCACAGGAACAAAACAGGCUGAAAGCUGCGUAUCCAUGUGUGGUCUCAGAAAACAUAUGGCCCUUUGGUCUAGAAGAGCAGUAGGGAGAUGCUGUAUUCUUAAAAAGUGACUUUCCUUUUGACAACAUACGUACGUUACUGAGACUGAAUGUCAGGGAAAGGUUAAAGGAGAAAUACUUGGGAACCUAGUCAGUGGGCUCUGGGACACCAAGGAAUUGGUGUCCUAAGGCUUUGUACAGAGGUAAGGCCGACCCAUCUAGUGAGGCCGGGCUCUCAGAGCCCCCAAAACAUUGUCGUAGUGACAGCAGUGGAAACUUGAUUCACAUCCAUUUGCAGAGAUGAGUCAAAUGUUUUCUCAAUUCUGAAACUCAAGGCAUCGGGAUGGCUGGCUCUGGUCAUGCAAGCCAAUGGCACAGUACUGAGGAGACCACACUGGCACAGCCUCUAGUGUAGCUGGGAGACAUCAUGUGAGUGGAGGAGACAGUGGCUUUCCCAGGCCAUCUGACCCAUCCAUCCAUCCCAUCCCCCCCCCCCCCCCCCCCCCCCCCCGCAUCCCCCCAGGUUCCCUUCUCACAGCAUGCUCCUACACCUCUGCAUUUUGCAAGCUCCUUGAAGGAUAUAGGCCCCACUGGGAACCUGAGGGGUGAGCUCACCCCCUGGAGCUCAUCAGGGCUCCGUCUGUGUGGCUCUGGAGGUCAGUCGAGAGGGCAGGAAAGGACAUCUGCAAACACUGCUGCCGUUCAGCUAGCCAGAAGGGCCAGGUUCUAUCAGAAUUUCUUCCUGGUGACAGGUUUUUAGCGAGGUAAUAAAGUGUACCGGUUGCAUUGGGGAAAAUAAGUGAUAUCUUUGCUAGAUCUUUUGGGCACCUCCGUGAUAAAGAUUUGUUUGCAUAAAAAUCUGCCUGGUUGAAGAUAGGAACUUGAAGAUAGGGACAGGAUUACUUGUCCACCUCCCCUUAGUGAUUCCCAAACAGGUAACAUCAAUCCUUUUCUUUCUCCAAGUCCCAGAGGAACUUUGGGGAUCAUCCCCAUCUGGGGGAUCUUCUUUCCUGAACCUUCUCAGUGGUUUACAUGCCUCUGGUACUAUGUGCAAUAGUUUUGGUGGAUGCUUGUAUUCAUCAUUAACAAAUCAGUGCAGGUUGUAGAUUUUCUACCGUCUUCCUCCACCCCAAACAAACCGGCCAUGAGGUAGGAUCCUAGGGAUUCGGCUGUGCUUUCCACUGCUCAGAAAGCUUCCAUCCUGUGCUCCCAGCCUUGUCUCUCUCCUGUGCUGGAAUCCUCCCUUCCCACCUGCCCAUCCUUAGCAGUCCACAAGUAAGCAAUGCCUAAUACAAAGUAGAAAGUCCAUUUGUGUGCUGGUUCUGUUGGUAACGUGGAAAUCACAAACUCCAGGGGAGCAAAGGGGCUUUUCAAUGUCUUUUGCUUUCAGAAACAGGGAAUUUAUAUUCUAAGGCCUUGAAUUGAUUUUUUUCCUCAUAAAAUAGUCUGAUAAGCUAAUUUUUAAAAAGAAAUGCCAUUAAGUAUGUUGCAUUGUGGUUUAAAAUUACUAACAAGUUCUGGGAAAGAAAACUUUGAUUUUGAAUCUUACGUGUUUUUAAAAAUUAGGUUUGAAUGGGCACAAAGUAUGAAUAUUUUGUUUCUUUAGGGAGGACAUGUGGAAAGGGUUUGAGGGUUUGGGAUGGGAGAAGUAUUUUGCAGAGCUAUCAAUGUCCAAAUAAUUUUUAAAAAAUAAUAAAGGUAUUUAAGCAGUGA